CACCACUUUCUUCCUCCUCCUCUGCUGCUUUGCUUCCAUUCCCAAUUCUCCCAUUUCAUAUUCCAUCACACUCAAUUCUCUCCCUCCCCUAAAUAUAAACCAACCCCCCCCUUCAAACUUUACCCAAUUCUUUAAUUUAAUGAUGGGUUUCCUUUAAGAGUCACACCCCAUAAACAGAGCUCGUAGCCUCAUAGCCCACCAACUUUAUUUCCCCCUUUUCUCGCUUCAACUCGAAAAAGUCGACACCCCAUUACCCCCAUCUUUAUUUACAACAAGCUCCCAGCUCCAAUUUUCAAUCUUUCAGUUUCCAAAACAAAAACCAAAAAUCAAAGAUCCCACCUUUCCUUCUUGGUAAAAGGUUGUCAUUGGUAAUCUUGUGAUACUGAGCGACCCUUCUGAUGUUUUAUUUCCAAUCAGUGUACCAAAAAGCUGUCAAUAAUUUUUCAUCUAGGCCUCCCUUCUUGUAUUCCAUUUGCUGCCCUUUUCUCCCUUCUAACAUCUUCUUUAUCCGUUGCCUUAAUUGCCUCCGAUUCCGCCUCAAAAUUUGACACUCCCUACUGCUUUGAAUUUAACAUCUGUAUAAUGGCGGGGUAUAGGCCUAUUUCAAUUCAGGACUUGCCGACACAUUUGGUUUUGGAAAUCUUGUGCUCCGGGAGCCUCAGUGCCGUUGAUCUUUUGCAUUUAGAGUCGACUUCUAGGACUUUCGGAGGGAGCGGGGGGUUGUAUCCUCACAAGUUUCGGUCAUUGGUGGAUUAUGCGGCGUUUCAGCUGUGUAUUUCCCAUUCUGUAUAUGCUAAAAUGGAAGAGAAUGCUCAGACAGUGCUGUUUGAGCGGUGCGGUGGCAAGUGGAAGAGGAUUUUGAGGUUCUUGCAAUCCGUGGAGCAAUCGUCUGACAUGGUGGAGACUUCAGCAGGCAAUCAGAUGCAUAUUACCACUGGAAGGUAUCACACUCUGCUAAUAAGCAAUUCAUCAGUCUACUCAUGUGGUUCCAGCUUAUGUGGUGUUCUUGGCCAAGGUCCUGAGACUAAACUAUGUGUGACAUUUACCCGGAUUAGUUUUCCAUCUCCAGCACAUGUGGUCCAAGUCUCAGCCUCCCACAACCAUGCUGCUUUUGUUAUGCAAUCUGGAGAGGUUUUCACAUGUGGGGACAAUUCGUCAUUUUGUUGUGGGCAUAAAGAUACAAACCGGCCAAUAUUUAGGCCUAGGCUCGUAGAGGCAAUGAAGGGAAUUCCUUGCAAGCAGGUUGUUGCAGGGCUUAAUUUUACAGCUUUCCUUACAAGACAAGGCCAUGUUUAUACAUGUGGGGCCAAUACACAUGGACAACUCGGUCAUGGAGACACCACAGAUAGCCCAACUCCCAAAAUUAUUGAAUUUCUCAAGCAAAUUGGCUCCAUAAUUCAGGUUGCUGCUGGUCCGAGUUACGUCUUAGCUGUAACUGACAAUGGAGUAGUCUACUCUUUCGGGUCAGGUUCUAAUUUAUGUCUUGGCCAUGGAGAGCAGCAUGAUGAGUUCCAACCACGUGCAAUCCAAUCAUUUAGAAGGAAGGGUAUUCAUGUAGUUCGAGUCUCUGCAGGUGACGAGCAUGCAGUGGCACUUGAUUCCAGUGGAUUUGUAUAUACCUGGGGUAAAGGGUACUGUGGUGCAUUAGGCCAUGGGGAUGAGAUUGACAAGACUACCCCGGAACUCUUGAGCAGAGUUCAAAGCCAGCUGGCCGUGCAGGUGUGUGCAAGAAAACGGAAGACCUUUGUUCUAAUGGAUAAUGGUUUAGUAUAUGGUUGUGGUUGGAUGGGGUUUGGUAGCCUUGGGUUUACAGACAGGGGACUAUCUGACAAAAUCUUGAGCCCUCGCAUCCUUGAUAGCUUAAGACCUCAUCAUGUUUCUCAGAUUAGCACUGGGCUGUACCAUACUGUUGCUAUCACUAACUCUGGACAACUCUUUGGAUUCGGAGAUAAUGAAAGAGCACAACUUGGGCACGAUACACUGAGAGCAUGCCUCAAACCAACUGAAAUUUUUAUAGCAGAAAUGACUGAUGAGGUGAAUCUUGUUUCAGAAAACCUCUGACGUCAGGGAGAUGCCAUCUGUUUUAUGGAGCAGUAUGAUUUUCUUCCCUAAUAGAACACCAUUAGAUUUUUCACCGGCAUUUAAGAGAUCGUCGACAAACUUGUUUUAAGAGAUUGUCGACAAACUUGUAACUGUGUAAGUAGGUAAAUAGUUUUUGUAUCAGUAUAGUGUGCUAUGUGUGUAACACGAUAGUAGUUUUUGUUAUUGAUUUUUGUGUAUUUGUUGUGGGAAAUUAGAUUCCAUAAGAGAGUUUCAGCUACAGCUUCAUUGGCCACUGGAUUUCAUCUGUAAGUUGCCUACCAAUAAAGCUUCUUUCAGUUGCUUUCAA